AUGGAUUCAUUCGGUCCCAACCGCCUUUCGGUUCGAAAGUCCUCUACCACAGAGCGUUUCCUCGGUGUUCCGUCUCAUGCGCCACCGCACUCUCCAUCUGUCGCCACCACCGACGAGCUCCACGAAGAAGACGUCGUUUUCUUCAACGGCCACUAUAACAUCGAUUCCAACAACCACAACGGUUACACUCCUUCCUCCUCUGCCUCCGUCACUCCCAACCACCACGUCGAUUAUCACCACCACACCCAUGGCAUCCUCGCCGCGCUCCCCGAGAAUAAAACCUACCGCAACCUCCGAAACGUUUCUCAGCACUUCCACAAAGCCUCAAUCUCCUCCAUAUCCUCCGCCUCCUCUUCUUCCUCUUGCUCACGCGUCAUUCCCGCCGUCCCGCGGCCUCCUACCCCGGCGCAACUGUCGUCCGCGCCGGUGAACGUCCCAAUCCUGUCGAUGAAGCCACGGGGGAGACACUGCGAGUUCAAUGAUAAUGAUGACGACGUGAAGGACGACGAUGAGGAGAUGGUGCCGCCGCACGAAUUCGUGGCGAGGAACUCAACGCAAUCGCCUAUGCUCGCUUAUUCUGUUCUGGAAGGGAUAGGGAGAACGUUGAAAGGGAGAGAUCUGCGUCAGGUUCGAAACGCAGUUUGGCGCCAAACAGGUUUCCUAGAUUGA